CAAGACACGUUCUUCUUGCAAACCGACGUUGUAGUCUCCUUUUUUUUUUUCUUUAAUAGUUUGCCUUAUUGCUUCUUUUCUAUUAUAGUAUAUAAAAGACGACAAAACAAAACGAUACGCAAAAAAAAACAAAACACAGAGGAUACACGUAAACGUGAUCAGAGAGUGGUCAAAAGGGAGACAAGACAAUAUAAAUUCGAUCGAUCGAGGAUCCAUUUAUUCGGAAAAAAAUGAUCAAUCAAAUGGAGGACCAUAUUGGUUUUUCGGGAGAUUCUUCGUCAGAGAUUGCGAUUUCGGAGACGGAGAUGGAGGCGGCGAAGCAGCUCGUGCAGUUGAGCGAAGAUGAUACGUUGAGCUGUAGCAGCGGCACUGGCUGGAGCGUUUCCGGUCACGACGCUUGUGAAGGGAAAGCGGAAGGCGGUCAUAAUACCAAGAGACAAGAAGAAGUUGUUGUUAGUUCCAAGGUUAGAGAUCAUUUGGUCGGAAAUGAGCUAAACGACGGCGUGUGUAGGAGCAAUAAGAAUGUUACGGGCGGACGACAGAGUUUUAUAAAGGCGAUCAUGGAGACGAAUACAAGGAUAAAUAAGAAGCAGAAGUAUCGAUCUCUCGCGAGCAUCUACAGAGCGACGAAGGAGAUAUUACGAGAGGCUAGUUGAUUAUAUAAGUCGGAUGGCUAAUUACGUUCUAAUGACGUUGGUUAAAAGCGUGUUUUAAUUAUUAUAUGUCAUCGUUUUCUAUGGGUUUUGUAUGUAAGUAUCUGUUAGCGUUGAACCGGGAGAAGGUGCUAGAAGAAGAAUUGUGAAUCUUUGCAAUAAUUAUUUAAGUAUUUAACAGAAAUUUGUUUGACAAAAUGUUAUUUAAUCAUUUCUGGACCUGUUCUAUAUUAAAGUUGACGUAAGUGCAUUGAAAUUACAUUAACUGUUCAACAAUUUGUUUUCCCCAAGCACGGCUCAGAUUCGUUCUCAACGGCGGCAACUUGGAGUUAUCUUUAUCCAUCAGGACCUAAGGUUGACCGGUAUGAGUCGGUUUGGAUCAAGAGAAGGAUCCCCAAGCACGCCGUCAUUGCUUGGCUUAUCUCGCGUCAUAGGCUCCAUACGAGGGAUCGGCUGGUACGAUGGGGUAUUUCGGUUCAUUCUGUGUGUCUUCUGUGUAAUGCUCAUGACGAGACUCAUCAACAUCUCUUUUUUUGAAUGCUCUUAUGCGGAUGGAGUUUGGCAACAUUUCACUCUUAAAGCUCAAGUCUCUUCUCCGGCUGAUUUCGAUGCUAAAGUUAGGUGGCUAAGAAAUCCCUCCAGGGAUAAAAACGUGGCUUUCAUUCUUCGAUAGGCGUACCAAGCCUCUAUGUAUGCUAUUUGGAGAGAACGAAAUUUCAAGCUUCACUUUGCUACCUCUACACCGGCCUCACUUGUGUUAUUAGAGAUAAAGAACACUCUUAGGCUUCACUUGGGUCCUUUGACGCUAAAGCAGAGGA